AUGGCGUGCUCCCAAUAUGCCAUGUCUCCCAUCGAUAGUGAAAUGAAUCAAAGUUGGGUUCCUGACCUCGCCGGAGAUGGCACCGGCGAUGGAACUGGGAGGGGACUCGGUGAGGGAACUGGAGACAGCACUGGAGUUGGAGCCGGUGAUGGAAUUGGCGACUGCUCAGUCAAAUCAAUGGGUUCUGAGCUCUCAACCCUGGGUCUCUUCUGCAGUGGCCGACCCCCUGACCUAGUAAGGUAUCGUCUUUCCGGAGGCUUUGGCGGCGCGGGCUUCACUGGAGAAGGAAUUGGUCUUGACGGCUGCGAAGGCUCUGGAGCAGAAUCUGGAACUGGCUCCUUUCGCAGACUCUUCUUGUGA